UAUCCUCUUCGUCACUCAUCGGCUCGUUAGCCGCUUGCGCGGCUGUUCACAUCUCUGAUUAACACUGUUGGCAGAUAAUGGGCAUGCACUGGGUCCUGAAGAUAUUGGAACCUGUUCCAGUAUUGGUUAAGUCUGGCCUUGAAUGAGCUCACACUCGGCGCCGUCACAGCAUCCUCUGGUAGGCUGUUCCAAGAGUUCACAACUGUCACUCCGAAAAAAUUUGCCUCCACGUUUUUCUGGACCCCUUGUGAGGUGGACGUCAGCCAGCUCCAGAAAAAUCGCACAAGUUAGGAACGCCCAAAUGUAUAAACAUCCCAACGCAGCACAUUAACAGUUGAAAAGAAAUACAGCAGCAGAAUCAUAGAAGAGCAGAGGUUAUGGGCAACACCACUGUUAAAGAUGCUGUCGAGGGGUCAGAAGGCAACCGUAGCCUGGAUCUGUCUUGUAAACUUACUCCUAGUCAGUAUAUAAAGCAUACAUCUGGAGAGUUUAUUGAAGGUUGUUUGUCUGCUCUUCCAUGGGAGGUGUAUUUCAAUGUCUCCUUGUACGAGAAUGUUAAUGCAAGUUUUAAUUUCAUCAAUGAGAUUCCAGUGGAGCUCAGUAUUCAUGUACCUCAUUUGCGGAGUCUUAAUGUGAGUCACAACCAGAUCUGUGAUCUCCCAACAUCCUUCAAUCUACUUCUUCAUCUACGAGUGUUAGACCUGUCAUACAAUAAGUUGAAAAUGUUACCUGCUGCUCUUACCCGCUUGCCACAGCUUCACACCCUCAAUGUGGCAAAUAACUAUCUAAAGGAACUUCCAACAACAGUUUCAAAACUUCAGAAUGUGAGUAUAUUGAAGAAACUAAAUGUGAGCAACAAUCAGCUGCGAGCACUUCCUGGCUGUCUGGUAGAGUGUCCAAAGCUGUGUAUUUUGGUCACUCAAGGGAAUGAUCUCAUACACCCACCUCAGGCCAUCUGUGAUAUGGGAUCCAAAACUACACUGGACUUUUUAAAAGAGAGACACCCACCUGCUGUGCAGUCAAGUACUGUGAAAGCCAGUGUGUUUGUUCGUGUAAGAGGACAACAAGUGCUGGCCAGCGUCUCAAACCCAGAAUCUGCCAGCAUGGAAUACCGUCAGGCCCAGGGAACAUCUCGGACAAAUAAGCGCAAGUGUCCAUUGAUGCCACCAGUUAAUGCAACUACCCUUAAGCCUGACCAACUCAAAAAUAUGUUGCUUGGACUGCUGUAUGGAAUGGCUAUUGGUGAUGCUAUGGCACUGAACACUGAGGGUCUUACUGUUGAUGAGUGUAUCUUCUUUUAUGACCCAGAAAAUCUCUCCUUGGAUACUAGAAUCUAUGAUUAUCUUCGAACCCAUUUCCCUCCACAUGAUUGGUCUUCAAACACUGAUAUUAUGAUAUUAACACUAGAUUCAUUGAUGCGCUGGGGUGGAGUUGUGGACGAGCUCGAGCUGGCCUCUCAGCUGGAUCAGUGGAGAGUCCAUGGCUAUGCUGACCUCGAUCCUUCACCUGGCUACCUUCUCUCUCCUUUUAUGAAAAAGGUGAUAACUGUGGAAGGCUACUCUGCUAACCCUCAUGCUGCUGCACAAGCUAUCUACAAACAGACAAAAGACGAAAUAUCAAGAGGGAUAUGUACUUUCAAUCCCAGUGAUAACUCAUGUCUUCCAUCUGCUCUUGUUUUAGGGGUACCAAACUUCUAUGUGGAUCAUGAAGUUGAAAUGAAUGCAGAGAGAAUUUGCAAAGCCACUCAUGCUGACCCCAUGGCAAAAGCAACCUGCAUUUUCUUAGCUCUCUUGAUGGCCACAAUACUUCAGGGCAAAGUUGCUGAUGCUGCUACAUCAUUUACCAACCUCUUCAUUGAACUGAAGGAGAAAGUGGGAGAGUUGUUCUCUGACACUAAAGAAAAGAAUAAAUUUCUCUCAGCAUUUCUAAUAAAGGACAAAAAAUGUCUUCGAGGAUGUGAUGUAUUGACCUCUAUAAGUUUAUUGAUAAGUGUCUUGGAAAAGGAAAAUUACAGCUUCAAAGAAGAGCUCAGUGAUAUUAUAAUGAGAGGGGGUGAUGGCGUGAGUGUGCAUGGAAGUAUUGUAGGUGGUGUCUUAGGUGCUGUGCUUGGUUAUUCACAGCUGCCACAAGACUGGUUGCUUCAGCUUCCUCAAGAAAAUAUUAGGUUAAUGAAUUGCAAACUCAACUUGUUACUGGAUCUCUUUGGGUUGCCAUAAAUGCAUAGUGUAUGUCCAAUAGUGAAGCAGUUGACUGAAGGUACAGUAUCAGGCUUAGGAGAAUCAUUGUAGUUAGUGUUAUUGUACUUUUUUUCAGUCAUGUAGAAUCACAUGAACUUACUUGAAAAAUGGCUAUGCUUUUUUCAUCUAUUAAGUUAAAUUUUGUACAUGAAUGAUAAACAGCAUGGUUUCUGGGAAUGUUACAUCAUUAAGCAUAAAUGCAAGAAAAUUAAAUGAAUUUGUUGGUACAGGACACUUAAUAGGAUGGUUACUAUAGGGGGAAGUAGAUUUUGAGUACACCACACCAGGAAAGAAGAAUAUCCCAUGUGAAUUUACCCACUCUAUGACAUGACAGAGUGUGUAUAUAUAUAUAUAUA